UCAGGAUGCCUUCGUACGCCCUUCUAGGAGCCACCGGCGCUACUGGAUCCAGUGUACUUCGCCAUCUGCUUUACUCAGGCUCGUCCAGUGACCUCACAGUGAAUGUCCUGGUUCGCUCCAAGUCCAAACUGCUGGCUGCCUUUCCCAGCCUCGACAAGCCUCGACCAUCCGUGACGUCGUCCAUCCCGACGAUCCGCAUUUUCGAAGGAGACUCUACCAAUCCCGAUGUACUUUGCGCGGUUCUCCAAGACGCUAGCCUCGUGUUCAUGUGCGUCGCGCAGAACGGCAGUCCAAUGGGGACAACCCUAGUGCAGAACACGGCCGCCGCGCUGAUUGAGGCCCGACGCCGACAGGCACAGCCACGCGGUGAGCUAACGGUCAUCCAGCUUCGGUCGGCGUCAUUGAACCCCGUGCUUGCGGUUCAAGUGCCGCGAUUUGUGCAUCGCGUUGUUUGCUUUUGCUUGGCUGCUGGCUAUGCGGAUCUCCGACGAGCAUGUGUCCUCUAUGAAGCAGCGGCGACAGAGGGGCUGUUGCAAUAUGUGCUUGUAGACCCGCCGACUCUGCAUGAUGCGCGGGGUACGCAGACAACUGGUUACAGGUUAAUUGAUACCACUGACAUGAAGGACAAAGAAAACCAGAGGCAGGCGAUUUGUCUGAGCUAUGCUGAUCUAGGGGUUGCCAUGUGUGAGAUUGCCAGCCGUGCGGAUGAGCUGCAUGGACAAGGUGUAGGGGUGACCGCCACUGGCCCAGUCAGGCAGACCUGGGCAGUGUUGGCUGGGUUCUUGCUAGAGGGAGGACUGGGACAUCUGGACUACAGAUAUGGCAGAGAAAAUGUUGUAGUCCUUGGGGUUUGUAUUUUGUUGCUGCUUGGGGGUCUGCUAUAUAGUAUCAAAGCCUAG